UUGAAAAAAAAUUUAACUAAAAAAACGUGAAUACGUAUUGUUUUUUGAUUUUGAUUGUUGAAUUUUUUUGUCACAUUUUUUGCAUAACCACCCCCCGAAUGCAAACGAUUUUUUGAUGGAACCAUCUCGAUCAUCCAGUACGGCUUCAUCAUCAUCUGCCCAAAAUAAACGAAAACAUCAGCUCAAGAAGUCAUCAUCAGAUUCCCGUUCGCAUUUGGAUCGUCAACAACGUCGUGAUUUGCGUCGUAUAAAAAAUUCAUUGAAAAAAUAUGAUCCCAAGUCCUUUGAUGAAAUCAAUCGUGAACAACAGUAUCAAGAACCAACAAAUAGCAAUGUUCAUUUGACCGAAGCUAGCACUAGUGCCGUUUCUUCAUCAUCGAAUUCACAAAUCAAUCGACCAUCUAAAAAAGAACGUCGAGAACGACGUAAACAAGAAAAACAAAAGGAUAGAACAUCAAUAAAUCAGGAUAAUCUAAGUGGCGAACUUCGCCACUAUCUUGGUUCAGCCAUUAAAAACUCUUUAGGUCAUAUGCAUGAUCAUAUAAUUGCAACAUUACCAACAGAAAUGUCCUUAUAUUAUCAAAAAGUACAUGACACAUUAUUGUUAGAUAUUGACCACGAUGGUGAUAAUGUUUCAAAUCCUAACUUGAAUCCAGCAAGUGGUAGACAAAUGAUGAAUGAAAUGCAUGAAUUUAUAACUGCUUCAUCAGUUGCUGCUGAUGUUGAAGCCAGUAGCAAUAGACCAUCAUCAUCAUCUAAUCUCGGUCAACAAGAACAAGCAACAUCCAAUGUACAUUCAUUGAGAUCUCAACAUAGCUAUUAUACCAUGCACAAUCCGUAUGCACCACCGAUGCAUAAACCAGGUAUUCUGCCCAUUAGAGAUUUUCUUCAUGAUCCGUUAAACGCAUCGUUAAAUACUUUGAAUCGUGUAACUAAUUUGGUCCGAGUACCUACAUCUCAAAUCUAUUCACAUGGCUAUAAUAUUCUCAACAAUUUAGCCAGUCCAGUUAAUAAUCACCCAUCGACUUUGCCUACUGUUUCACGUCCACCAGGAACUGCCGAACGAAUUGUUCGCAGAGACGAUGAAGGAAUACCGGCACCGCCACCAGUUUUACCAUUGAUUCAAUGUACACAUCCUCAAACUCGUCAUGAGCCCCUUGAUUUGGAAGAAUUUGAGGAAAAAACUUGGACAAUCGAAUUACUUCGACAACGGGUUUUUCUAGGUGGAAUUUCUGAAAAACUUCGCCUUCGACUAUGGCCAUAUAUAUUGGGACUUUAUGACGGUGAUAAUGAUAAUGAAGAUUGCCGUAAGCAAUUUGAUUGGUCAUCAAAGCAAAAACUAUUUGAACAUUAUCGAUCACAGUGGCAAUCAAUAUUACCCGAACAAGAAAAACGUUUUAUGUUGUUUCGAGAGCGUAAAUCAUUGAUAGAGCGUGAUGUGAUUCGUUGUGAUCGAGCCCACCCAUUCUAUAAUGGUGAUCGCAAUGAAAACCUGGACAAAUUGAAAGAAAUUUUAUUAACUUAUAUGAUGUAUGAUUUUGAUACUGGAUACGUGCAAGGAAUGUCAGAUCUUGUUUCACCAUUACUUUAUGUGGCUGAAGGUGAUACCUGUAAAGCUUUCUGGUUUUUUGUUCAGACCAUGGAAUUUACUAACAAUAAUUUUGAAAUGUCACAGUUGACAAUAAAACAUCAAUUGGAAAUGCUAUGGAAAUUGAUUGAAUUGACUGAUCCAAUAUUUGCCCAAUAUCUUGCCAAUAAUGAAUCGGUCAAUUGUUAUUUUGCAUUCCGUUGGAUUGUUUGUCAAUUCAAACGAGAAUUUAUGAAAUCAAAUUCUGAUGAUUAUCAAGAAGUUCUAUUAUUAUGGGAAUCAAUAUGGACUUGUUCAUCAAUGAAAAAAUAUUAUAAAAAUUUACUUCGACAACAAUUGGUAGUUGAAAAGACGUCAAAAUCAAACGAUCAAACUCCAACAACAACGGAAUCAAAUGUUGUUAAUCCACAAUUAGAUAACAUUGAUGGAGAUAAUACAGCAGAAAUAGCAUCAGAUUUGGCUAACAAAAUUGACGAACAGUGCAAAAUUGUUGAGGAAAAUUCCGAGUCAAUCGAUAGCACCGAUUCGCAAGAAUCAAUGACGACAACUUAUAGCGGUGGAUCCCGACGACUUUCAGACACUGAAUUAUAUGUAUUGUGCAUAUGUUUAGCUAUUAUUCGUCGCGAACGUGACUUAAUCAUGGUUCAACGCUUCGAUGCCACAGAAAUAUUGAAGCAUUUUAAUACGCUUCAAUUGACCACAAAUUUGAAAAAUAUACUGAUACAUGCGGCCAACAUUUGGUCAUGGCUCAUAUUCGAUGACAAUGAAAAAUUGCUAUAUGCUUCAUCCUCUCAAGCGCAAUCAUCAAUUGUUGGUGAUAAUCAAACAAGAAAUCGCAAUGUUGAAGAAUCACAUUCAUCAAACAUUAGUAAUCGUGAUCAAUCAUCGCCAGCCAAUGGAGAUGAAGAAUUCGAUCUAUUACAAGAUCUUCGUCUGCCAUUAGAUCGUUCAGCCAAUGGAUCAUCAUCACCAGCCACCAUACCAAAUGCACCACUGGCUAGUGAUGACUAUUAUAUUUUUAGUUGAAAUCAUUUUUACAUCUCUUAAACAAAUACCUUUUUUCACUCUCUUAAAACUUAAAAUUGAUUUAUUUUAA